CAACAAUAAAUUGUUGAGCGGAAAAAGAGAAGAAUUAUGUUAGCGAAAAACGUGUUGAAAUCUCAAAGAAGCUGGAACUGAUCGACUGUCGUUUGUUAAAGGAAAAAUAGACCUAGGUUUCAUUACAAUGGCUAUUAACAUUUUGGGCCUGGAUCAUUUUGCAAUUAGCGCCAUUGUGAUUGUCAGCAUGCAGUUGUUGUUCUUUGUAUUCAACUCCAUGCUGCACAUGGAUAAACUGUCGGACUUUGCCGGCGGCGUUAAUUUUAUAGUCAUCGCGUUGCUGACCUUUUUUUUGGGACAAGUUGAUCGGCCAUCCAAGGCCUACGAGAGUCGACAGCUGAUGGUCACCGUAUUCGUCUGCCUUUGGGGCGUAAGGCUGACAGGCUACCUCCUCUAUCGCAUUAUUAAGUUGGGACGGGACAAGCAGUUUGAGGACACACGAAGGAAUGUCAUUCGCUAUGCUGUGUUCUGGACCUUUCAGGCCGUUUGGGUGUAUGUCGUCUCGUUGCCAGUUAUAAUUAUCAACUCACGUCACUCGCUGCCGCAGUCAACCAAAGGUAUGACCACUUUGGACUCCACUGGCACUGGCAUGUUUAUUGUUGGAUUACUGGCCGAGACUUAUGCGGAUUUGCAAAAGUUCUCCUUUCGCCAGGACCCGGCAAAUCAUGGCAAGUUUUGUAAUGACGGCCUUUGGGGUCUCUCACGACAUCCCAAUUACUUUGGCGAGGUCAUCGUUUGGUGGGGCAUUUUUGUCAUAUCAUUGAAUGUGAUCCGAGGACUGGAGUGGAUAGCGAUUGCCUCCCCCAUUUUCACAACGCUGAUUAUACUAUUCUUGUCUGGAAUCCCGAUGCGAGAGCGCAGCUCGGAUGAAAAGUACAAAAAUCAAGUGGAGUACCGCAAGUACAAGGCGUCAACGUCACCCCUAAUACCCAUUCCUCCGGCUGUUUACGAGGAGGUGCCGGGUGCUUUGAAGUUUAUCCUUUGCUGCGAGUUUCCUAUUUAUGAUACGAUGCAGUUGCACAAGGAUUCAAGUCCCUAUUCGCUGUCGAUAGCGCGUUCCAAUUCCCAUAUAUAGCAGUCAGUGGCCCACACUAGCAGCGGAGUAGCUGGAGUGGGUCAACAACAGCAUUCACAUUCGAAUAGUCAGUCGCACAACCUCCACCGAGGUCACUGCUAUGGAGCCGACGGCGGGCAAGCUGAGAGUCAUCACAAUUGUGGCGGAAGCUGUCGAAACGUCCACGUCAAGUCGAAUCCUUAUCAAUGUGAGGCGGGCUAUGGCAACUAUGGAGUACGUCACAUCGAUGAUGAGGAUACGGAUGAUGGCGUUAUUUACUUGGCGGGUCAACUGUGCACCAAAGCCAAGACCCACUAUUUCCAUGCCGCACCACAUGCUCUAGACAUGGAUGAGGAUGAGCCUCAACGAAAGCAGCCGCCUAAAUGCAGUUACCUGGCGGAAGAGGAGCUCGCAUCCGACUAUGAUGAGGAUAUUCCGGGUCUCAGCAAGGUCAACAGCGUGGAGAGUUUUAAUAACCGCGUCCAAAUCGCGACCGAGAGAUCUGUGAAUGCCGAGGGAAUGUCCGUAACCGUUACUACAAUAUUGUGAUUGAAAUCUUAAGCUUUUUUGUAGCUCGCUCUCCUGAAUACCCUAGCAAUUGGUAUUAUCCAUAUGUUAUGCGAUAUACAACGCAUUAAAUGAAUUCUCUAAGUAGUUAUAUUUUAAAUGGGGUUGAUGAGCUGGCUCGAUUUUUUCUACAUUUGUUUAACGAAGAUGGAUCUCUACAAAGGGUAGCUAAUUACCAUGGGUAUCUAAUCUUAGACAUUCCUAUGUUUUCUUGUUGAGUUUGCGCUCUUUUCACUCUAUACCUAAGAUAUGAGUAAUAUGCAGUAGAAGACAACUCUGAUCCUAUAAAGUAUCCUUAAUCACAUCAAUAGUCGAGUUGGUCUACCUAUCCGUCCCUCUAUUCUAGGUACAGGGUAUUUCCUAGUCGAGCACGCUUGACUAGCAAAUUAUUACUUGUUAAAUCAAUAUUGUUUGUUGAGGAUAUCCAUGAACGAGACGCUUCAGUUAUGUUUUCCAAAGUCUCUUAUAUUGCUUUAUGAGAGCUCUAAGAAACAAGUGCCAAAAUACGAUCUUUAGAACUCAGACAACGUAAAUAAAGCUUUUAUCUAAAUACAUACAUAUAAUAUACAUAU